GCAGGGGGCAGUAUGUGGAUUUGAUGGUGCCCACCAGCAGCCGGAAGUGACGCACAGAGCCCGCGGUGAGCAGAGUGGAGGAUCGGUGGGUUUAAAUGAGCAGAGGAGCGUCUGGUAUCAAACAUCAGCCGCCCAGAGGUUAAUCAGCCCCCCGCGGUCACUUCCUGCCCCGGCCUGAUGGCGGCGCCGCUCCCGCAGCUCGCCGGCCUGCCGCCCCAGCAGCAGCAGCCUCCGCCCGGGGCGCUCCGGGAGAUCUCCCCGGUGUUCCUCUGCAGGAUCGGCCAGGAGACCGUGCAGGACAUCGUCACGCGCACCAUGGAGAUCUUCCAGAUCACGCGCGCCACGCAGCUGCCUAACGGAGUGACCCAGAGCCACGCCGUGUACCAGGACCGGUUCGGGAAGCUGCAGGAACACCUGCGGCAGCUGGCCCUGCUCUUCAGGAAGCUGCGGCUGCUGUACGAGCGCUGCGUGGAGAUGACCUCUGACCUCCAGGAGGCGCCGACGGAGCUCGUCCCGUACGCCGGAGAGGAGCUGGUUCCGGUCCGAUCGGACCCCUGCAGCCCGGCCGUUGUCCAGGAGCGCCAGGAGGUUCUGGAGGUGAGAGGAGCCCAGUUAUCCACUGGUCACCGGUUCUGAACCGUCUGAGUUCUGGACGGGUUCUGGUUCUGUUCAUGUUAGCGACCCAACAUCAACCUUCAGCCUGUCCCCACAACAAACGAUGCU